AUGUUCAACGAAAUUCACAUUCUACAGCAAAAAACUGCGCGUGUCCAUUUGCUACCGAACAACGUUCGAACGAGAAACGUAACGGGAGAACUCUACUUGGUUCGAAACGAGGAUGACUCCGUUCGAAUCACGGGAAAGAUACACGGACUCACGCAAGGAUUACACGGUUUUCACGUACACGAGAAAGGAGAUCUACGAGACGGUUGCGCGUCUACCGGUCCGCAUUUCAAUCCUGAAAAUGUUUCCCACGGUGGACAACACAGCUCGGUGAGACACGUUGGCGAUUUAGGUAACAUAAGAGCAAACGAAAACGGAGAGGCUGACGUUGACGUCAAAGAUUUUGUCAUUUCCUUUGCUGGAAAGAACAAUAUCCUGGGACGUGCGAUUGUCGUUCAUUCCGGCCAAGACGACUUAGGAAAAGGGAAUAGUACUCUCUCUGCGACCACUGGAAACUCGGGAGAUCGUUGGGCUUGCGGCGUCGUCGAGGCUGAAUAA